GACGGCGCCGAAAAUGAACGAGCCACGAAUCGGGAGCGCUCAUCGGAAAACAUGGCGGCCAAAACGCUUCGGCAGCGAACCCGGCGAGGCAGCAGACAAGAUGCGAGCAACGUGAACGUCCCCGCCGAACCUCGGCCACCGAAGGAGGAGAAAGGCGGUGAUGACGGUAAAACCACGGAGGCCCGGCAAGAGUCAGUGAGUCGUGGGGGGCAGGUAUGGGCUCCAGAAGGUUCGACAGCAUUUAAAUGCCUGCUCUCUGCGCGUUUUUGUGCGGCUUUGCUCAGCAACAUCUCAGACUGUGAUGAGACCUUCAACUACUGGGAGCCUAUGCACUACCUGCUCUACGGUACCGGGAUGCAAACAUGGGAAUAUUCUCCAUUGUACGCCAUCAGGUCGUACGCUUACUUAUGGUUACAUGCUCUUCCUGCUUGUUUGCAUGCCCACGUUCUACAGACAAACAAGGUGUUGGUGUUCUACUUUGUGCGAUGUGUUUUAGCAUUCUCCUGCUGUGUCUGCGAACUCUACUUCUACAAGGCUGUUUGUAAGAAGUUUGGUUUGCAUGUAGGCCGUCUAAUGUUGGCAUUCCUUGUCCUGAGCACAGGAAUGUUCUGCUCGUCUGCAGCUUUCCUGCCCUCCUCGUUCUGCAUGUACACAACGCUGGUUGCCAUGACGGGGUGGUUUCAGGACUCCACGCCGUUGGCCAUCAUGGGUGUGGCUGCUGGCGCCGUCGUUGGAUGGCCGUUCUCUGUUCUUGUCGGGAUUCCCAUCGCUUUUGACUUGCUGAUGUUAAAAAGGCAGUGGAAAAGUUUCAUCACCUGGUCAGCUGUGGCUCUGCUUGUGCUGCUGGUACCCCUUGUGGCAGUAGACUCUUUCUUUUAUGGAAAACUGGUCAUCGCUCCACUUAAUAUUCUACUUUAUAAUGUCUUUACACCACAUGGACCUGACCUGUAUGGUACAGAGCCGUGGCAUUUCUACUUUGCCAAUGGGGUCCUGAACUUCAACCUGGUGUUUGCUCUGGCACUUUUGUCUCUGCCACUCACCGCUCUCAUGGAGACACUGUUACACAGGUUCAAUGUGCAGAACCUGGGCCGCCCAUACUGGCUGACACUGUCUCCCAUGUAUCUGUGGAUGUUGGUUUUCUUCACCAGACCUCAUAAAGAGGAGCGUUUCCUCUUUCCCAUCUACCCUCUCAUAUGCCUCAGUGCGGCUGUAGCCCUCUCUUCUCUACAGAAAUGUUACCACUUCCUGUUCCAGCGGCACCGACUGGAGCACUACACGGUCUCCUCCAACUGGUUGGCUCUGAGCGCAGUCGUGGUCUUCUCAGCACUGUCACUUUCUCGCUCUGUCGCCCUCUUCAAAGGGUACCACGCCCCUCUGGACCUGUACCCAGAGUUCCAUCGCAUCGCCAAGGAUCCGACUCUCCACUCGGUCCCUGAAGGCCGGCCUGUUAGUGUGUGUGUGGGAAAAGAGUGGCACCGCUUCCCAAGCAGCUUCCUGCUACCGCACAACUGGCAACUGCACUUCAUUCAGUCUGAGUUUAAAGGGCAGCUGCCACAGCCAUAUGCGCCUGGUCCUCUGGCCACACAGAUCAUCCCAUCUAAUAUGAACGACCAGAACCUGGAGGAACCAACCAGAUACAUGGAUUUACGGCAGUGCCACUACGUAGUGGACCUGGAUACAGAAGAAGAGACGCCACUGGAGCCACGUUAUUCAGCCAACAAAGAGGAGUGGAACAUUAUCGCCUUUAAGCCUUUCCUCCAAGCCUCAAGGUCAUCUCCUCUCUUCAGAGCGCUCUACAUCCCGUUUAUGUCAGACCAGCAUACCACCUACAGGCGCUACGUCAUACUGAAACCACGGAAGCAAAAGCAGCCUCGUAAGCGGACUCAUGGCUGACCGUUGAACCUCGACCUGCCCUCAGGUACAAAACAACAACGACAACGGAAUCCUAUUUGUUUACGCGCAAUGUUUUAGACUUGAAUGUGUUUCCAAGUGUACGACUCAUCUGAAGAAAUCUGACCCUUUUCUAAGGACAUUACGCCUGCCUUUGGGCUCAUGAAAAAAUGAGACUAUGUUGUGUGUGUGUGUGAGAGAAUGGGUUUUACAUGUAUUUAGACGAGCCAUUACACCCAAAUAGUGAGUGUUUUAUUUUCAUACUUCCUUUUGAAAAUGUGUCCUGAAUGGAAGUAUUUUUCUGAAUGAUGAGUUUAACAAAUCUUGUGUUUGCUUGUCUGCACCUGAACAGUAUCUUAUCGUGUGCUCUGUGUGAGUGCAGGUAUACGGGAGCGCGGGUGUGUUAAUAAUUAAACGUGGAAUGUUGACAAAUAAAAACAUGCUUGACUAGUAA